CUGGUAAGUCAAUAUUUUCCUGAUUUUUCUUGAAAAAAUGCAUUUAUGAACCAAAAUUCAGCUCUAGCCCAAUUAAAAUUAAACUUGGUUCAUUUUCGAGCCAGCUUAUGUUAAUCUCAUUACACAAAUACACUUUUUGCCCAAUAAAAGUAAUAAUAAUAAAAUAGAAGUGAACAGGAAGAAUGUGAAAUAAAUAGUAGAAGGGGGCAACCGGAUACUAACCCAAUUAUUAUUUGUUAUUUAGUUGAGUUGUGUAUAUUAGUUACAUUUUGAGCUCAACUCAUGACUGCUCAGAGCUCACAUCAGAGCUAUACUUAAUUUUUUAUCUGAAAGUGCCUGGAAAUUUUGGAGCUCUCAAAGCUCUGAGCCCCAAUACUAAUUGUAAAUUUCUUUCUUAUUUAUUUUUCCUUCUUCGGAUGCUAAUUGCUCAUGACAAGUAGAAAUAGCACAUCUUCUUCUUCUUCUUUAUAAACACAUGUGCCGUUUUUUCUGGGGCUCCGGACCAGCCUAAUUAUGCACUUGACACAUUUGUGUGUUUUAAGAAGUGUGAGAAAUUGAGCGGCUGUUUGGUGGGAGGCUGGUGCCAGAAAAAUAUUCGGAAAAUUCUGGUUAGAAUGUCUAGGAGAGGCUGCGUGACAUAGAAGAUCUCAAGGCGCUGAUCCUUAAAAAUUAAAUUUUCUCGAAGCGGCUGCUUGACAACUAGGAUAUAUAGGCUUGGCUACUUGACAUAGGAGCUCUCAAGGCGCGGGUCCUAGACUAUUUAGUUUUCUAGGCUCGGCUGCUCGACAAAUAGGAUUUAUAGGCUUGGCUACUUGACAUUGAAUUUCUCAAGGCGCGGCUCCUAGACUAUUUAGUUUUCUAGGCUCGGCUGCUUGACACAUGAGUCAAAAAUCUUCUCAUGAUCUUUGCCACGUCAUAACUCAUGUUAAAAGUUGAGAUUCGCCUAUUUUUGACUGCAAAAUAUAUUUCAUAAAAAAAUCCCUAUAUGAAAUUCGAGAACAUGUUGCAAAUCUCCCUGAGAAACUACCCACACCUGACGAGAGAGUGUCCCAAAUUUUUUGUGCAGUGUGAAAAUUUUUUUCAAAAAAAAAAAUGUGCAGCGUGAAAUUUUUAAAUUUUUCGAAAAAAAAAACUCCGCGGGCAGGAGGAUUCGAACCCUGGUCUCAUGAUCGACAGUCUAAAAUGCUAACCUCUCGGCCACAUCUCUCUUUUCUCCCGAGGGGAACAUGUUGUUCACACACACUUCGCCCUCCUAUACUUGAAAGUAUAUUUUUGUAUAUUUUAUACAUAAAGUCUAUUUUUUUACACGUUGGGUAUACUUUUUCAAAAAGUAUAAAAUACGUGUAAAAUUUUAUCAUCAAUAAAUCCAGUUUUUUGAUUCCAGACUGUUUGAUGAUAUCAAAAGGACACAUUUGACUAAUUUUCGCCUAAGGUUUUCACACUAUAAAGUGGUGAUUCGAAAGUUUUCGCAAAAGUAUACUUUAAGUAUAUUUUUCAGUAUACUUUCAAAAAAAGUAAAUUGGCCUAGAACAUUUUUUUAUCACAGACCGCUGGAAAUCGCAUGAAUCGCGAAAAUAACAAAAAUCUCAAAAAAGCGAUAAGCCACGCCCAUUUUACACGUUAAACAUAGCACCUCGCACAACCCGCGAGGUGUCCGUCACUCAAUUUAUAUAAGUAGUGGGCGCCACGAGGAGGAGGGUAAAUCAUAUUUUAUGAUUGAAACGCCAUUUUUGUGCACCAAACUUGGUUUUCCGCAAAUUUUGAACAACUUACAGUCGUGUAAAAGCUGUUUGAGCAAUUUACUAAAUUUACAAAAAACUCCUAAAGAUGUUUCUCGAUUUUCCCAAAAAUUCACUUUUUUAUCCAAAAAAGUAUACUUUUAUUUAUGCCAUAGCAUAUUUCAAAUGUACUUAUAGUAUAUCAGUGCGAAAAUCGCUGAUUUUAUUUUAAAUACACUUAAAGUAUAUCCUGGCGAAGUGUGUGUGUUGGAAAGGAAACUGUUUUUAAACGAAUGCGUUGCAACAUUGCUCAAAUUUUGAAGUUAGGAUAACUAAGCUUAGGCUUAACGGAUAAGGUUGAUUUUUUUCCGAUAGAUUGGUAAGGUCAUAGGCAGUGUGGAACACCAUGAGUGCAGUGUGAAAAUGCCCUAUUUCCGCUGUUAUUUUGGAGUGUCCAUUUCAAUGGUAAAUAUGGACAUUACAAAGAAUCGGGCGGCAUUUUUUUCCGAGCACAUAUCAAGGGUUGGUAUAUUCAGAAAGUUGGUGUAUUUUUAAGCGUAGUUCUCGAAUUUACCCAUGUGCAGUGUGGAAUUUGAAGUUUUUCCAUAGAAAGUCAAUUUUUUUGAAAUUUUAGUGACACUAUGGUUUGCUAAGCAGUCACGUAAAUUCCACACUGCACAUUAAGUUACUACACUAAAACGAAGUCUGCUGAGUUGAUUUUCACCGAGAAACUUCGAAAAAUUAGCAAGCUGAAGUUGUUUUUGAAGUUGAGCAAAAAUAAAAAAAAGUUUAGUUCGAAUGAAGAUUCGAACCUGGGCCUACUGAACACUAGCAAAAUGGCCUACCACUGAACUAAAUUCGCAUUUAUUUCCCCAGGUUAAAUGUUGGUGAAAAGGAAACAAAGUUAUUUUUCGAAAAAAAAUGCAGUGUGACUUUUGAAAAAAAUGUACAGUGUCCAUUUUGGACACGUCUCGUCAGGUGUGAAACUACCGUAUGCGCCUUUAGUCCUUUUCUCCUUUCAUUUUUUGAACCCCAAAAGAAGCCAGCUAAUUGUUUUUGCUCUUUUUCCUGCUCCUUGAUCGAUUUUUUUCCAGCCAUUUUUUUUUUUUUGGUAGACUUCAGGCUAUUUUUUCCUGCAAUUUUUUUUAAUAAAAAAAUUUCUGAUAGAACAUUUUGUCAACCCAGAUAUCUAAUAAAUGAAUAUCUUUUUCCUUCUCUUCGUUUUCUUCCUCGAAAAAAAACCUGCAUCUCUGCGUCUCUCACUUUCCCCCACUCUCUCGUCGCUUUUUUUUUGGUUUUCGAGUUCUUUUUUCCUUAUUCGCCGUUUUUCUUUUCUUUGCAUAUACGUACAUCUAUUUCUUUUUGGACUUUUUUAUGUAAAAAAUAUUUUUCCUCCCAAAAUUCUUCAAUUAGAUAUUUUUCCAGUUGAACAAACUCGUUUAUUUGUUUUUUCAAAUUUUUUUGUGAAUUUUUUUUUUUGCGUUACGAAUUUUUCAGCUGAAAAUAGAGAACUCUACUCCACUUGAGAUGAGCCAAAAAAUGGAGAAAUUGAAUUAUUCCCGUCCGUCCGCGCGCGAAAGAAAGUAGAAGUAUGCGGAAAUUUGAUUUUCCGCACACUUACUCAUUUGUAGUACACAUUUUUGAGCGAGGAACUUUUUUUUCGUAUUAUUUUUGGUCUGGAAUUGGCUGCGUACGUUUGAUACUCAUCUGAAAAUUGGCUGCGUCAUUUUUCAGCCUGAAAAUAUACGUUUCAAAUUUUUUACUUCACAAAUUUGCGAAAUUCAAAAAAUUAAUCGGGUUCUCGCUUUUCCCAAAAAAAAAUCGGCGUUGAAAAAUUAAAAUUUAAAAUUCGCCGCGUGCGUACUCAGCUAGUUUCCCCCUUCUCCGAGGUACUGUACGUUUUUGCGCGUAGUGUUUGGUGUUUGCAGAAUUUUACUGAUUUGUAUCACAAUUUUUGCAGCUGCUACAUAACUAAUAUUUUUUAUUUCAUAUACUAUUUUUAGACAGAUUCCAUCUGGCCCAUUACAAAAGUCGUUACUUUUUCCUACUUUCAAAAAAGUUUUUUGAAAGUACAAAAAAUUCUAGAAAAAAUAGUUUUCCCCCAAAAUAACUAGAAUUUUGGGUCGCUACUUUUUUUCCGAAAUUUUUUUUCAAAAUUCGAAUUUUCAAUCUCUCCCCUGACGAUUUUGUUGUUUAGCCGUUCAAAUAUUUGUUUUCGCUUCUACCUAUUAUUAUUAUAUUAUACACAGUACAUACAUAAUACAAAAAUAACAUUUACAUAAUACAUUGCGUAUUAUGUGGAGAUUUUUGAAAAAUAAAUAUUAGUUAGAACAAUAGAGAUUCUUGUGAGAUGAAUUCACGAAUUUCUUUUUUUCCUCUGGGAGAACAGGGGAAUUUUUGGCGGGCUUUUAAAUUUUGUUCAAAACGUUCUAAAUUUCUAUAAAAAUCCCUGAAAACCCUGAAACCCCGCGCAAAAAAACCAGAAAAAAAUCAAUAUUGUCCGAGAGAAAUACACAAAAAUGCAAGCGGCAUUGUGGAGUGUCGUUGUUUUCUUUUUUUCUUGUUUUCUUUUUUGAAAAGGGUUUUGGAGUAUUUUAAGCGGUUAAAGCUUGCAUUGCUCAUAUUAUACUUUAUCAUCUUCUCUCUGCGUCUCUAUUUCUCUAUCUCUAUCCCUCCAUUAUUAUUAUCAAAAAAUAAAAAAGUGGGCGUGGCCUCUGACCUCUCUCCUCCAUCUCCAUCUUCUUUUUGUUGGUGUCUGCUGCUCGUUGUUUUUUUCCCGCCACACCCCAAAACCACUUGUCCGCCUUUUUGCUUUGGUGUAGUUUUUUCUUCCUUGUUGCUACUUUUUUUAUUAUAUUUUGUUUUUCUUCCUUUUCUAGUGGAUAAAAAUAAGCUUUAUCAGUUGAAAGUAGCAUGAUUAGACAGUACGGUAGGAGACCCUGUAGAUCUUACUUGAUUAGAAACGCAGGUUGUACUAUUUUUCUGAAGCGUGGUCCUUUAAACUGCGAAAUUUUAAGCGCGUGCGGUUUUCAACGCGGCUGUGGAUAAAGAUACCAAAACUACAGUCUAGUAUGAUACUAUCUAGGGUUCAAACUAUACACUUUUUUGGUUUAUCAAUUGUCAGACGUCAUACUAGACUAUAGUUUUGUCUUAUUCUUAUUUACAGUAUGUACUGUGAGCUGACACAAAGCCAAUUUUGAUUCUGAAGCGUUUUUUCUGAAGAAACAGGCUCUCAAGGCGCUGAUCCUUGACAACUAGGAUUUGACGGCUCGCCUGCUUGACAAUAGAAUUUUCAAGGCGCCGGUCCUUUACAAUUUGAAUUUCUAGGCGCGGCUCCUAGCCAGCAAUUUUCUCUAGGCUCGGCUACUUGAUAAUCUAGGGAUUUUGUUGAUCUAAAAAGUUCAGAAAAAUAUUUUUCGAAUUUUUCUGCUGCUCUACACAUCGCACAAAGAAAAAUAUCCACAUAAAUAUUGGCUCAAUUUCAUGUCCACAUGCAAUCAAUUGCUCUUUUUCUGCUCUUUUUUUGUUGUAUAUGUUAUUUAUGCGCCAUUUUUUGGCGCCAAAUAUAUCUAUUUUCACCUGUCAUUGUUCCCCAAACAUCUGCACUUUCUUUUCGCAUUUAAAAUGCCGUGUACUUUUUUUUGAAUUUUUUUUAUUAGCGAGGCGGCUCAUUAAUAUGCACGCCAAUUAUAAAUUAUCCAAGCCAUUCUUAAUUGCUUUCCUUUUUCUUUUGUUUGUUUUGCGCAAAGGGAAUUGCUCAUAUUAGUUACAUUUUUGAAAAAUGAACGACACUCCGCAUUUACACUGUUUAUAAUUUUUAUUUGCUCAGCUUCUCAUUAAAAAUGAUAUUUUUCCUUCUUUUUUAUUUCAAAUAUUUACUUUUCACUUUUUUUUUCAUUUCAGACUCGAGAAAACCAAUUUAUCUACACUUAUGUGCUGCCACCAUCGCCAUUUUUGAUGCGUUUUCAAAUAUUUGUUCUCAUUUCGGUGUCAUUUUGUUGUUGGGUGCCGUUUGGUGAGUGACAGAAUGAAAAUGGGCUGGGACACAAUUUGGAGAGAAAUUUGAAAUUGAACAGGGAAAAAGCGCCCCAGUGAAGUUUGUGUUUUCUUGUGGCAAUUUCAAAUGUUUUUUAUGUGGUACCUUUCCUUCAUGCAAACAAUGCAAGUAUUAUUAUACAUUAUUGUCAAAACCCAUCUUCUUCUAUUUUCUAUUUCCUCUAAUACCCCCCUGGAUUACCUCACCAUCUGUUUCGAACCAGCCGACACCAAUCGGAAAAACGAAAAUAGAUGGGCAACUAAUUUCUCGUCUCUCACUCUCUUACGUAAUAAAAUUAUUGUUUUGAGGCUACACAUCUGCUCAUUAAAAUUUUCAAAAGAAAACAAAAAGUUUACGCGGGCGGUGGGGCUCGACAUACAUAAAAUGGGUCCCCAAAUUCGGUGCGGGGGGCUUAACUUUUUCGAAAUUUUUUAAGGGAAGGGGGUCUAACUUUGAUGAAUUACAUAAUUUCUGUUUUUUCAGAGUCAAAGUCCAACUGGAAUUUUUUUUGUAAUAUUUUUUAUUUGUAAAAAUAUAACAUUUUAUUAUUGCUUUAUAAAUAAUCUGCAACUCGAUCGGCGUUGGCAGAGUCUGUCCCAGAAGAACAAAUGUAUAUAAACAAGUAGCUUGUUUAAUUUUUUUUUGCAACGGAUUUGGAAACUCCAAAAAUCGCCUUCAUCAUUAAAAACCUUGAAAACACAGUUGGAACUGGACUGAAUUUGUCGAUCGAUUUUGAGUUUUUCUUUUUCUACCAACCUCCAUUUGCCACUUUCUACAAAAUUCAGCUCAAUGAAAUUCUAUUGUUUUGCUUCAAAAACUUCAAUGGAUUUUUUGUUUUCUGAUUCUACAAAAGCCGAUUUUCUCAAUCUGUCACUGGAACUCGAAAUCUCGACGGAUUAUUCAAAAACUGAACAAAAAACAUCAAUUUUGUAAACAAAACUCAGGUAUGUUAUGAUGGGAAAAAUAAGGGAAAAAUUUGAAAAAAAAUCAAAAAAAAAUUUUUUUUUUCUUCAAAAUUUUUUUUCACCAAGAAUUUUUUUGGAACUACUUGACCAAACAUGGUGAUAUUUGGUACAAAAGAUACUUCAACUAUCCUAGAUCUAAGUUUAAUAGACAAUGUUCUCUGAUUUUGCACCUCCCGUCUUUUCACCACCCCCUCUUUGUCAAAAAUCACGAUUUUUGGUCAAUUUCAUGCAUUUUCAGAUCCUAAUUCAAUUUUUACUUCACCAAUUCUAGUAAGACUUGGCACAAAGUAACUUCAACUAUUGUUCUUCAAAAUCGAAAUGAUACAUGGGUAGUAAAUUGCGUUUUCAGACACUUAGACACCCCGAACCUAAUCCGGUGCGUAUGGCCCCAAAAGAGGGGCGGGGUGUCUAAGUGUCUGAAAACGCAAUUUACUACCAAUGUAUCAUUUCGAUUUUGAAGAACAAUAGUUGAAGUUACUUUGUGCCAAGUCUUACUAGAAUUGGUGAAGUAAAAAUUGAAUUAGGAUCUGAAAAUGCAUGAAAUUGACCAAAAAUCGUGAUUUUUGACAAAGAGGGGUGGUGAAAAGACGGGAGGUGCAAAAUCAGAGAACAUUGUCUAUUAAACUUAGAUCUAGGAUAGUUGAAGUAUCUUUGUACCAAAUAUCACCAUGUUUGGUCAAGUAGUUCCAAAAAAAUUCUUGGUGAAAAAAAAUUUUGAAGAAAAAAAAAAUUUUUUUUUGAUUUUUUUUCAAAUUUUUCCCUUAUUUUUCCCAUCAUAACAUACCUGAGUUUUGUUUACAAAAUUGAUGUUUUUUGUUUAGUUUUUGAAUGAUCCGUCGAGAUUUCGAGUUCCAGUGACAGAUUGAGAAAAUCGGCUUUUAUAGAAUCAGAAAACAAAAAAAUCAUCGAAGUUUUGGAAGAAAGUCACAGAUUUUUAAAGUUGAAGCCUGCAGUUUAUAAAACGUGGAAAGUCACGGAAUUUUCGGCAGAUUAAGAAGAAAAACUCAAAGUGGUUUAUCUACAAAAUUGUUCCAUGUUAUAGUUCCAACAUAAGUUGAUAUCCAUUUCCAGAGUGAUAAUUGAUAAAGCCUCUCUCAUUUUUUAAAAGAAUAAAUGAACAAGCGACUUGCAUACAUUUGUCCUUUUUUGAGCCAAACUCCGACAAUGCCAAUCAAAAUUCAAAUUAUUAAAAAAGCAUUAACAAAAUGAUACAUUUUUACAAAUGAAAUAUACAUUACAUAAAAAAUUCUUUUAAAAAAUGAAAGGAAAAAAUCCGAUUCGAUUUCGUCUCUGAAAAAAUUAGAUUAUAUGGGAAGGAAUAUAAUAUUUGAGAAUGGGCAGUGCUGAAACAGUAGAUUCUUGAGUUUUGAAUUUGUCUGAUUUUUGUCAAAAAUUUUUUAAAUCUUUCGAAUAUAGUUCAAAAGUUAGAGGAAAGGGGGGGGUUAACUUUUGAAAAAAUUUUGGGAGGGGUGCUUAACUUAAAAAAUUUACGUGGGGGACCUAUUUUAUGUAUGGGGCUCGAACCCGGCUCUUUUUCAAAACUCGGAAUUCAAAGCGACUAACCACUAGGCCAACUUUUUUCAUAUUCCAAAGGUACUAUUAAAAUUGUUUUGAAAUUGAGACAAAUAGUGACAGAUUGACAGAUUGCUCAUGUUUAAAAAUAAUAACAUGAGCAAUAAUUAUAGGUUGUCCGAGAGAACUACACCAGAAAUUGUAUAUUUUAUUUCCUUUUUUUGAGCAACGAAGGGGGAGAAGAAAAGUUGGCAUUUUGCAUUUGCUAAUCACGCUCAACUGACCACAAGAGAGUUCCGGAAACUUUUCGAUUUUUUGGAGCAAGAAAAAUUUGCUCUGUUCGAAAAUAAAGGGUUUUGGGGGAAAUGUAAAGGGAUUACAGGUUUCAAAAAUAUUUUUGAAAAGUGGAGAAAUUGGAAACUCUAAUAUUGACCGGUACAAGUCAGUUCGGAAAUCACACGGGAAAAAUUUUGAAGUUCUAACAAAAAAAAACACAUGGAGCAAUGGGGCGAACAUUGCUCUCUGAAUAAAAAACAAAUUUUGAAGAAAAUGUACGAAAUCCUCUCAUGAACUAAAUUUUUUAUUCAAUUUUCAUGAAAAUCAUUCAUUCUGUAUUCUAUAUUUUUGCCACGUCAUAACUCAUUUUUUUAGCUAUGAGUUAUGCAGUUUUUGACAAAGGAGUCGUGAUCAGCAGAUCAAAAUCUACUAGAAAACAGAUUUAAUUAGAAAUCUCGUUCAAAUUUUAAUCUGCAACAUCCCCAUUGUCAGUAGGGCACACAUUCUCCCCUCCACACAUUUUUAUUUUUUCAAAAUUAAUUUUUAUUUUCUGCAGUUUGCUCCGAAUGCACUGAUGUCUCGUUCGCCGCCGCCUCCAACUCCAAACUCGACGGUCUCAAAAGAAUCACCCGAAUCGCAGUCAGCGGCCACAUUUCGGCGUAUCAUGUCAAAAUUCGAAUUGGCCAAGAAGAUGACUAUCACAUUUUGAGGACACAAAACGGAAAUGCGUUGGUGGGUUUUCUUAUUUUAUUUUUGACUGGCGCCUAACAGAUUGCCGCCGUCGCCGACAAAAUAAUGAAUUCCCCUGGGCCCCCAGGCAGCUUCUUUUCAUGUUUGAUGCGAGCGAAUUGAAAAUUGCCUGGGAAAUUUUCAAAAAAAGAUUUUGUUGCAGGUUUUGUACUCGACACUGUCAAACACUCCCUCUUGGACACACGUCGAUGUUUUGGCGUCGCAAAUCAAGAUUUCGCCAGCCUUCUCGCAAGUUGAGGAGGAUAUUCGAAGUCCGUUGUUGGUGUUGACGGUUUGCGAUUAUGGUGAGUGGAAACAGAGACAAUCAAAUUUGCUCUAUCGCAAUUUCUGUGUGUACUUCUCGAGGAAUUGGAGCCCCUAAAAGAGUCGAAAUUUUGAUAGGGAAUAUUAUGAAUUCCGAGAGAAGUACACGCAAAAAUAAAUUUUGUGUGCGAUAGAGCAAACUUGAUUGACUAUGUUUCAUUUGUUGAUUGAUUUAGCACAAGUUCUUGUUCAUUUUGGAGCUUUGAAGCAGUUUGGGGUAAAUUUUGAGCUCACGAACAUUUUAAAGAGAAUUUUAAGAUAAAUUUGAGCUCCUGGAGUGAUUUUUGAGCUCACGGACAUUUUUUUUAGAGAAUUUUGAGCUAAAUGUAAGCUUCUGGGGUAGUUUUUGAACUCGCGAACAUUUUUUUAAGAAAAUUUUGAGCUAAAUUUAAGCUCCUGGGAUAAUUUUUAAAUCUUCAUCAAUUUUAGGUUCUUUGAAAAUGUGAUAAUUCAAGUUUGACCUAAAAUUUAGGAAACUUUUCUAGUUUUUUUUUCUAAACCACACAAUUUUUCCAUCGUUUCCAGAAACCCAAAUCAUAUCAUUCGAUGAUUCGCCAUUCACAAUCGACACUCAUCAAUCUGGCCUCGUCUCAAUGUACGAAAACGAUCUCCUCAUCCAAUUUCGAACCUACAGAUCAGGCAUUUUCUUCUUCUCAAUGGCUGAUCAAGGAGAUGUUCUCAUAGCUCAAAUCAUUCGAGGAACCAUCCAUGUCAUAUUCGAUUUCGGUUCGCUGACUCCUUCGAAAAUCUCCGGAGGAAAAGCGUUGGAUGAUGGACAAUGGCAUGAAAUGCGAUGGUUGCAUCAAUUCGAUUCGGUUCAAUUAUCGAUUGAUGGAGUUAUGCUAAAUCAAACGGCACCAACUGGAUUGUAUCGAAAAUUGGAUCUGCAUAAUAUUGUGAGUUGCGGUAACUUGAUAUCUUGCUAAUCUCCUUUUGCGGGUGCAGUUCCCAUAAAUAAAUAGAGUUAGUUUGUUCAACUAAGUAAGAGGAUUAAUAAUUGAUAGAAAAACAAGGGAGGGAUUUUUCGGAGCUAGCUGAAAAAUGAGAAAAGAUUAUGAAUUUCUAAAAACUUUUCUAGGAUUCCGAAUUGCCUCAAAUUUCAAAACAAAAAAAAUCCAACAUCAAUUUUCCUUCCAGGUUCACAUCGGCGGUCGACCAAGCGAUGAUUUCUCUGCAGGAAUCGAAACCAGUUUCACCGGAUGUAUGUCACGAGUUCAACUAAAUUCAAUAGAUUUACUCGAACUCGCCCCAGCUGAUAAUCAUUCGCCGUGUCUUAUGCCAAAACCGCCAUCAUUUACCCUUCUCAAUGAUUCACGUGCAAUUAUUCCUUUUCAAUUUCUACCAUUCUCUUUUGAAUUCCGUCUAGUUCCGAAAUCUGGCAGUUUGGUGACACUUUUUGAUGCGACAAAUGGGACUUUGGUUGAUGUGAUUAUUGAUGAAAAUAUGAAAAUGCAUUUGAUUAGUAAUAUUACAAAGUUUCGGCAAAUUGCGAAUCCACGUGGGUUUUUUUUUGUUAAUUAUGUUAAUUAAAAAUCUAGCGCUAUUUUUCACCCGAAAAAUAUACGUUUCAAAAUAUAGACUUCUUCAAUUUUAGAGCUUCAAAUAUUAAUAAUUCGAUCAAAUUUAUUUUUUUGCCCGAAAAAUUUACGUUUCAAAAUAAAAUCCUCACAUUGAUUCUCACAUGCAAAAUUGUUUGAAGUUCUUCCUAGAAGCCUAAUAGUAAUCUCAAAAACUAAAAUUAAAUUCAGUAUGUUGAAUUUAAGCCUAAGCCUAAGCCUAAAACAUUUUAAGGUCUUAAAAAUGGCUGAAAAUUGAGCCUAAAAAUAAGGCAUAAAUAUUUCAGAAUGUUGAAAUUUGGGCCUGAGAAUUGAGGCUAAAAAAAUCCCAAAAUUUUCCAGAAAUCGAUGUUUCCAACGGUGCCUGGCACAGUUUCUCGAUCCGAAUUCGCGGUGCUCGAAUGGAAAUCGACAUCGACGGCUACACAGUCUUGUGGCUCGAAGGUCACGAAGUUCGCCGCGUCUCCCAACUCCUCUCCAAUUUCAUUCUCUCACAAUCGGGUUGCUAUCGAAGUGCCACAAUUGAUUUGCAACAAGUUCGAGUCGACGGCGAGGUGACACGUGGCAAUUGUGGAUAUCAGGAGAAGUGUCUGCCGAAUCCGUGUGAGAAUCGAGGACAAUGUCAACAAUCCGCGCUGGAUGAUUAUGUUUGUGAAUGUCGCAGUGGUUAUAAGGGAAAGAAUUGUCAUACUAGUAGGUUUUUUGGGAAUUGAGUUAUGACGUGGCAAUCUUUUUUCCUCGGAAAAAAUUCAGGGAAAUUUUCCAAAGUUGAAAAUUUGAAUUUAUCAUAAAAACGCGGUGAAUUCAAUGGAGCGAAUUGGCUAUUUUCAAUUGAUUUUCGCCCCAAAAUAGCUGAAUUUUGAGUUAUGACGUGGAAUUUUUUUUUGCUGGAAUUUUUAUGGGAAAUGAGACAAAGUUACCCGAAAUUUAGGAAUUUUAGAAAAUUAAACAAAUUUCAGAGAAAAUUACUUCUGACUUUUGAAAUAUGACGUGGCAAAUUUUUUUUCUGGAACUUUGAGCUCAAAAUUUGCAUUUUCAGCAUAAAAAUUCACGAUUUUUGGUUUAAAAUACAUUUUCUGAAGAACCAGAUGUUUUUUUUGUGAAUUUUUACCAUAAAAAUGAAAUUUUCUGAAAUUUUCAAAACAAAAAGCUAAAACUGAUGUUUUGGGCUUCAAAAAUAUAUUUUUAAAAAUUAUAAUCGCUCCUCAAAAUAUCCCAAAAAAAUCCAGCGCUUGAAUUUUUGGAAAAUCUAGCAGUUAAAGUUGCCAGAAAAAUUAUUUAUUUAAUUUUUUGAAGUCCAAGAAUUCUCAAAGUUUUGAAUAAUUCAAAUUCAGACUGAUUUUUCACUAUUUAAAAUUCCCUAAAUAAAAUAAAAUGCUCAAAAUUCCAGCCGACACCCCCCACAGUUGCGAAGAAUGGGCUUUCACCAAAGGCAACAAAUUCAAAGCGAUGAAAGGUGCUCAAGUCCUAAUCGACAUUGAUGGCGGUGCAAAAAUGGCGCCAAUCAAUGUGACGUGUAAAAUGGAACGAGAUGAGCUGGGUGUGGAUGGAAUCACGACGAUUUUAUCGCAUGAUUUGAAGCGGCCAAUGAUUGUGACGGGGGAUAAUAAACCCGGACAGGUAGGGAGCGAUCUCAAGUAGUUUCUCUACAUCUCUCAUCUCUCUUCAGGUCCGACACUCUCUCGCCUAUGGCAUUUCAACUGAUCAAAUGGAUCGACUUGUCGAGGGAUUCGAAACUUGCUCGCAAUUCAUGCGAUACACGUGUCGAGGCGGGGUUCGAUUGAUGACGCAAGGAGAGGAGCGAAGUCCGUCGAGUUGGUAUUCGACACGGUCCGACAAACAUGGAUUGCAAUGGGGAGAAGCGCCGCCGUAUUCGAGGUGGGAUAUUUUCAACAAAAAAAUGAGAAAAUGAUUUUUUGACACGUGAUUUUUCACGUGAAAAAUAUCCAAUUUUUCAUUUCAAAAUUAAUUUUUCCUUAUUCUUCCAGAAUGUGUAGUUGUGCCAUCAAUGGUUCUUGCCUCCACAAUCGAAUGUGUAAUUGUGACUCUGGCGAAGACGCUACUGACGAAGGCGUCAACUCGUAUUCUCAACUUCUCCCUGUCACUGGACUUUUCCUUGGUGGAACCACUAAAAGUUCGAGCAUUGAAGUUGAAAUUGGCCCGUUGAAAUGUCGAAAUCGCGCCACUUUUGAGUCGAUCACAUUUUCGGACCGAAAUGCGAAACUCAGCGGAGUUCAAAGUUUCAGCGGGCGGACUUUCGAUGUGUCGAUGCAUGUAAAGUUUUCGCACUCGCAAAUUUCGAUUUUGGGAUGGUAUUCGACGGAUGAUUUGCAUUGGUUUCAUCUUUAUGUUAAUGGUGAGGCGUUGAAUCUCUCAAGGCGCAGCUGCUUGAAAAAUAGGCUCUCAAGGCGCGAGUCCUUGAAAACUAGAAUUUCUAAACUUGACUCCUUCACAUUGCCACAGUGAAUCUCUAGGCGCGGGCCCUAGACAAUUAGGUUUUUUAGGAUUAGCUACUUGACAACUAGGAUUUCUAGGCUGAGGCCUUCAAAUUUCGAUUACAGUUUUCACUUUUGAAAAUCAGGAAAGUCAUGUGAUUUUAAUCAAUUACACCAAAUUUUUAGCAAAGAAUGUUCCGAAAAUUUCGAAAUCUUGAAUGUCGAAAUUCCUGGUCUGAAGUUCAACAUCUAGAAUUGCCAUAAUAAAAACACUCAAUCAUUUCUAAGGCUAAAAAUGAUAAAUCGUGGUUUCGGAGUUACUUCGAAAUCAAAAAUCAUUUUUUUCCAAUUUUCAGAUGGCAAAAUAGUUGGUGAAGUUGUAAACGGCGGCGAAGCUCAACAAAUCGUAUCAGACAAUCGAUAUGAUGAUGGAAUGUUUCAUUCGAUUUAUUGGGAAGCUGAUGAAACAUCAAUGUAUUUGAAAGUCGAUGGAAUUCGAAAAUCAAUCAAACACUCUUUUGUUUUGCCAAAUGUUUAUUCGUGGAUAAUUGGAUCGAGGACUGAAAAAGGAUCGACUGGUUUUGCUGGAGUUAUUCGAAAUGUUUAUUUGUGUGGUGUUGAAUUGCCGGUUAUACAGUAUGCGAGGAAAAGUGUUGGUGGAAUAUCGAUUGGUGAUGAUGGGUAUUGUAGGUUGGUGGAUUUUGAAAAUUGAAUUUUCAAUAGAAAAAGUGAAAUUUUUAGACCCAAAAUUUCCCAAAAAUAUUAAUUUUCAACCGGGGUUACUGUACCCUGCAUAUCUAACUUAUUGAAUUUCGAAUCUUCGUUUCUUUAGCGCGAAAAAAAAUAUAUUUGAUUUUUUUAAACUUCAAAAACUGUAGCGAUUUGAAAGUGCAUAAAUCUACUUUUGAAAAUUUUAGCGCAAAAAAUUAGCAUGUUCCUUUAAAAACCUACAGUACCUCUCAAUUUGGAAUUUUCGGAUUUUUUUCUGAAUUCAGGCCCAGAAAGAGUUAGGCUAACUAAUUUUUUUUAAUUAAAACAAAUUUUUUCUCAGAAAAUUUCACUGUUUAAAAAAAUUGACAAAUAUUUUGGGAACUCUUGAAAAAUCAGUGCUUUUCAACAAAAUUUUUUCAGAAAAUUUAGAAAAAAAAUAAUUUUUCAUUAAUCUUGAAUCAUCAGGCCUUUAAUCUCUAUUUGUUUAAUUUUCAGAUUUUUUUUCUGAAUGUAGGCCUAGAAAGAGUUAGGGUAACUGAAUUUUUGAACAAAAAUUAAAAAAAAAGUUUCUCAUUGUCAGAAAGUUUCACUGUUUCAAAAAAUUGACAAAUAAUUUGGGAAUUCUUGAAAAUUAGUGGAUCAAAAAGUGUUGAAAAUCAUUUUCGCUUAGCAAAAUUCAAAUUUUCCAGACCGGAUUUGUGCCAAAACGGCGGAAAAUGCGUUGAUAAAUAUGAUGGAUAUGUGUGCGAUUGCUCUUUGACACCAUUUGGUGGAACUGAUUGCACCAAAGAAUAUGGAAUGAUGAUCCCAUUGGGUUCAACCAUCCAAAUUCCAUGGCAAAAUCCGGCGCAUUCAUCGAAUUGUCAUCGAAUCGCAAUUCAAACCGCAAGUCGAAAUGUGUCGAUUUUGAGAAGUGUUUCGCUUUUUGGAGAGGCUACUUUUAAUAUGACGUUGGAUGAAGAUGGUGAGUGUGAUUUUAGAGGAGAAUUUUCAUCAAAAUUUGCCACGUGGAAGUUUUUGGAAUGAUUUUUGGUCUCAAAAAUUGCGACGUGGCCAAAUUUUGAUUUGAAAAAUACAAAAUUUAUUUCUGAAAUUUUUGGGAUGAUUUUUGGUUUCAAAAAUGAUUUUUUUUUUCAAAUAUAGAAGACAAUUUCGAAACUUGAGCCAAAAAAACUGCUGAAAAAUCCAAAUUUUUAUCGAAAAAUGUUGACUGACAUUUUUGAGAUGUUCCAAAAUUCAAAAUAAAAUGCCACGUGGCAAAUUUGCUUUUUUUGUAUUUAAAAAAUGAAUCUGAGAAUUUUGACCAGAAACUUUUUGAUUAAAAAAAAGCAAAAUUUCAAAUCGGAGCAAAUUUCUCACAUGAAAAGUUUUUUCGUGAUUUUUGUAGCCCAAAAAAAAUCACUUUUUUCUCUCAAAAAUUGCCAGAAUUUUCGCUCAAAACAAAAAUAAAAUUUUCAGAAUUUAGGCCAAAAAACUGUUGAAAAAUCCACGUGGAAAAAUUUUCUCAUUUUUCCAGGUUAUUUGAAUAUGAACGCUUACGACGGAAUAUUUUUCCACUACUCCCGCCUCUCAAAACGACAAAAUUUGAGCGACGACAUCAUGCACGACAUUUCGUUUUGCUCCUCAAAACAUCAUUUCAAUUUAUCGAUUGAUGGCAUGAAUAUGGUAUCGAUUGAUGGAAAUUGGACAUUUUUCGACAGUUUGAAUAGUUGGAAUUAUUUGGACACGGCAUUUGAGGGAUGUGUUUCGAGAAUUCAGACGGGCGUCAGUUUUCCGCUCAAAAAUCCGAAAGCGAAUCGAUUCAAUUAUUCCGGAAAGAUAAGAUUUGGUGUAUGUCCCGUGGAGGCUGUGUGAGUGUUUUUUAGGAUUAUUUAAUUCCACGUCAUCAAUAAUUUUGCAGAAGUCGCCAAAAAAUGUACGAUUUCCAUCCUGGUCCAAUGACAACAUCAACAUUGUCGACGUCGACUUCGGAUAUUCGGAUUUUCUCGAUUUCCCAGCAUAAACAGAGGAUUGUUAGCAUAGCUAGUGAGUUUUUAAAGGAACAUGGGGUUUUUUGGGGGAAAUUUUUCAUCAACCAGAAACUUCGCAUUAAUAUGAGCAAUCUUUUUCAUUUUUCGAAUUCGAGAGUUAGGCUAACUGAUUUAAAACAAUUUCAACAAAAAAGUUUUCUCAGAAAAAUUCACUGUUUCAAAUUUUGAAAAAUUUUGAAAUUCAAAAAAUUGACAAAUAUUUUGGGAACUUUUUUUCAGAAAAUUUAGAAAAAAAUAUAAUUUUUCAUCAACCAGAUGUCUCACAUUAAUAUGAGAAAUCUUUCUAAAUUUUUCCUGGAUUUUUCGAAUUUAACAUGAGCAAUCUUUUUGAAGAUUUCGAAAUCAAAAUUUUCAUGGCUAAGAAAAUUCAAGGAAACCUGAAAUUCUCAAUUUUACAAUCUAGAAAUUUCGAAAAACUUUCUGAACCGUUUUUUUUCGGAUCUCCAAGGCUUCCCAACGGCAUUCGAGAAUCCACAAGGCCCUAUAAGCCCCUCAGGCCCAGUUCUAUAACUCAAAUCCUGUUUUUUGGAUCCACAAGGCCCCCUGAGACCCCCCAGGCCCAACUCAAAUCCCUCUUUCCAGCAAUAUCUGGCUGCUUCGUUUUGGCCAGCUUCAUUGCCUGUAUGCUUCUUCUUAUCUGCUACAUGCGUUCCCGUCCCGAAGGCGUCUACAAAACCAAUGAAACUGGUGGCGAAAUUAUUGUUGGUGACUGUUCGCCAAGUCGAAGUGAAGAACCUCUAGUUGUACAUAAAACUACUAAUAUGAGCAAUAACAAUAACAAUAAUGGGAUUAUGUAUUCAUCAGGGGGAAAAGAGUAUUUCUGUUAA